AUGAGUAGAUCAGGGAGCAGCGGGGGCGGCCGGAGCUCUCUGGGCUACCUCUUUGAGCCGGAUGAGAUCUUCCCGAUCCACAGGUUCAAAUCCAAUCAAGAGACCGAGAAGCCCUCGGAAGAGGGCAUCGUCAUGCAGCCGCAGGACGACAAGGUCAUGACCGGUGAUGAAGCAGACCACCAAGAACUGCCGUACCAGGCUCCUCCCAAGAGAGAGGAGGACUGGAACCCGAUUGUUUCUCGCAGACCUGCUUCCAUCAUCUACCACACUAACCAAUCGGGCAACAACACCGGGCUUCUGAUCACUGACCGACCGUCGACGAGGGUCCGGUGUGCACCGGGAGGGGCGUCGUCGCUUGGAUUUCUCUUCUCUUCGGAGACGAACGUAACUGACGACAAAUGA